AUGUCUACCAACGUCAAAUUCAAUACCACAAAGGCAGUCAAAAAGGACAACACCUUGUACACCAAUUUCACGUAUGAAAACUCAGUUGUCGAAAAGACUGAUGCCGGAAUCUUCAAUGUUACGCCUACAGCCGUUGAUUACCAAUUCAAGGUUGAUUUGAGUGUUAAAAAGACAGGUUUACUCUUAGUUGGUUUAGGUGGUAAUAAUGGUACUACUCUAGUAGGAUCAGUAUUAGCGAAUAAGCAUAACAUAUCUUUUGAGAACAAGGAAGGUGUUGUCAAGCCAAACUAUUAUGGUUCCGUUACACAGAGUUCGACUCUCAAGAUAGGUGUUGAUCAUGAAGGAAAUGACAUUUAUGCACCAUUCAACUCUCUUUUGCCAUUUGUGAAUCCCAAUGAUUUGAUUGUCGGGGGUUGGGAUAUCAGUAAAUUGCCAUUAGAUAAGGCAAUGAAGAGAGCUAAAGUUUUGGAUACUGACUUACAAAAGAAGUUGUACCCUUACCUCAAAAACCAGGAACCUCUUCCUUCUAUUUAUUAUCCAGAUUUUAUUGCAUUGAACCAGAAAGAAAGAGCCGACAACGUCUUCAACAAGGGAUCUGAUGGUGAACCAAACACCAAACAAAAAUGGAAAGAUGUUGAAAAAAUCAGACAAGAUAUCAGGGAUUUUAAGAAAAAGAACAAGUUAGAUAAAGUUAUUGUGUUGUGGACUGCAAAUACAGAAAGGUACGCGGACGUUGAAAAGGGCGUCAAUGAUACCUCUGAAAAUUUGCUCAAAUCCAUAAAAGAUAACCAUGAAGAAAUUGCUCCAUCUACAGUUUUUGCAGUUGCCUCAAUUUUGGAAAAAGUUCCAUAUAUUAACGGUUCACCACAAAACACUUUCGUGCCGGGAGUUAUCGAGUUAGCCGAACAACAUAAAUCGUUUAUCGGUGGAGAUGACUUCAAGAGUGGUCAAACAAAAAUAAAGUCAGUCUUAGCUCAAUUUUUAGUUGAUGCAGGUAUUAGACCUGUUUCUAUCGCUUCUUACAACCAUUUGGGUAAUAACGAUGGUUACAACUUAUCUUCUCCUCAACAAUUUAAAUCCAAAGAAAUAUCAAAGGCUUCAGUGGUAGAUGAUAUUAUUGAAUCUAAUGAGAUUUUAUACAAUGAUGAAAAGGGUAGAAAAAUUGAUCAUUGUAUUGUUAUCAAAUACCUCCCUGCAGUUGGGGAUUCAAAGGUUGCGAUGGAUGAGUAUUAUUCUGAAUUGAUGUUGGGUGGGCACAACAAAAUCUCAAUUCAUAAUGUUUGCGAAGAUUCAUUACUAGCUACCCCUUUGAUCAUCGAUUUGGUUGUUGUCGCUGAGUUUUUAUCUAGAGUCAGCUACAAAAAAGCUUCAGAUCCAGAUGACAAGUACGAAGAUUUCUACUCGGUUUUGACCUUGUUGAGUUAUUGGCUUAAGGCUCCAUUGGCAAAACCAGGUUUCAAGGCAAUCAACGGAUUGAACAAACAAAGGUUGGGCCUUGAAAAUUUAUUGAGAUUGUUAGUAGGUUUACCAGUGAACAACGAAUUGAGAUUCGAAGAGAGAUUAUAUUAG